AUGGAGCAAAAUUCACAGCCAAAAUGGGAAGGCAAGGUCUCAACAAGGCUAGCAAAAGCCACAGCAGAUCAAAUAUGGCCUCUACUCAACGACUUCUUUAAUUUCCACAAAUGGUUUCCUAGCCUUGCUACCUGCUAUGGCAUUAACGGGACUAAUGGGGAGCCAGGUUGCAUAAGAUACUGUGCUGGCUUCUCAAUCCCAUCUAAUGACACUGAUCAGCCUGUUAGCUGGUCCACUGAGAGAUUAACAGCCGUUAAUCAUGUUGAACGUAGUUUGAGUUAUGAGAUGGUUGACGGCAAUAUUGGGUUCAAGUCAUAUGUUUCGACGGUCAAGGUUGUUCCACAGGGUGGUGAUGGUCAAGAUGGGUGUGUGAUCGAAUGGUCAUUCAGUGUUGAUCCUGUGGCAGGGUUGGUAUUGGAUGAGUUGGUGAGAAAGUAUGAAGUGGGACUCCAACAAAUGGGCAAGAGAAUGGAGGAUGCCGUUAAAGAAGAAACACAGCCUAAAUGGGAAGGCAAGGCCACAGCAGAGCUAAAAGGCCCAUCAGCAGACCAAAUAUGGUCUUUCUUGGAGGACUUCUGUAAUAUACACAAGUGGAUCCCAACUGUGGAUACAUGUUACCAAGUGGAGGGGGAGCUAGGUCAGCCUGGUCUGGUUCGGUACUGUGCUUCUAGCACACCACUGGCAUCAAAUGGCAGUCAUGAAGAGAAUAAAAUCAGCUGGGCCAAAGAGAAGCUACUGAUGAUCAAUCCAACAGAGCGGUGUCUAAGCUACGAGAUCACUGAAAAUAACGUUGGCUUCAAGUCAUAUGUGGCCACCACCAAAGUUUUACCAAUCAAUGGAGACGGUCAAAACGGGUGCAAGAUUGAGUGGUCAUUCGUUGCUGAUCCAAUUGAAGGGUGGGCAUUUGGAGAUUUGAAUUCUUACGUUUACAACUGUCUCCAAUUCAUGGCCCAAAAGAUGGAGCAGGCUGUCAUAUCUGGGUAA